GAAAAAUGUAAACCAGAAUGGCCAAGAGACUUUAAAAAGACUUAGAGCAAAUGCAAAAAGCUUAUGCUGAUUAAUUCAAUGUAAGGAUGCCCAAUAAUGAUAUCAAACAUUGGAUUGUUGCAUUUGAAGGUGCGAAAGGGACUCUUUAUCAAGGGGAGAAAUUCGAGUAAGCAUUGAUAUUGAUAUUUUAGAUUGCAGUUCAAAUUCUCAAAUGAAUAUGUAGAAGUACUUAUUCUUAUUUAGCUCUUUUUUUCUUUUGAAAUUAGCCAAUUGAAUCACCUGAAGUAUUAUUAUAAUUAGAAUUAGGUCAUCUUUAUUGGUAAGCCACCUGAGCAUGAACAUAUCUAUUCGAAUGGAUUCAUUUGUUUAUCAAUAUUAUUUGAUGGUAUUUACAUGUUGAAUAUUCAUUUUAGAAUGGUCAGCUGCAUUGACUGUAUCAU